AUGUCGGGACUUAACGCCUCUCUCGGCUACUUUCUGUCAUGUGUGGCUCUAGCUGCAAUGCUGCAGGCGCCACUCAAAAAGUGGCCACGGUUGGCCUUCCUGUCUGAGCUGGCGUCGUCCUUCGCGCUGGUGGCAUGCCGGCUGGAGGUGCAAACCAUUGUGGAGGUUGGCGAGUGGGCCGGGGGUUUGGGCCCGGAUGUGACUCUGACCAUUUUGUUGUCGGUGCUGCUGGUCCACGGUGCCGUCUGCGGCGACCUUACAGGGAACCCCUGCUUGAGCGUCAUGAGGUUCCUCCAGCUUGACGCUGCAGCGCUGGCCACAGUCCUGGCCGUGGUCUGCCACUUCCUUGGGGCGCAUUUGGCCAUAGUGGCAGCAGAGUACUACUGGAGCUUGGAGCUGACAGAUAUGCACAUGAUCAAGAACCUGAUGGCCAGGGAGUGCAGCACGUCGCUGCUGGUGUCACCCUUGCAGGGCUUCUUCACCGAGGGGGUGUGUGCUUUCCUAUUUCACCUGGUGCACCUAGUCCUCAGACGGAGGACGGCGUUUAUACGGGUGCCGCUUGGAGCCCUGCUGCUCACCUUCCUCUCACACACGGCCAAAAGUCACACGUCAGCUUUCGUGAAUCCGUCGCUAGCUUACGGGCUUACGUUCAACUGUACUGGAUUCACCUUCAGCGAGUAUGCUGUGGUCUACUGGCUGGCCCCCAUCACAGGGAUGAUGGUCGCCCUCCUCUUAUACAUGGGUCACAUCCCGAGGAUCUUUGCCAAGAACCUGCUCUAUUUUCACAAGACUCGAUUGCGGGUGCGCAAAGGAGAAAAAGAAAAGAAGAAAUGA